AUGCUCAUUGAAGCUGCUGACUACCAUGCCGGCGAAUCGCCUGUCACGGCGCUUCCAUUUUCAGCAGCUGGGGACCAUAUAAUUUCUGCUGAGGAUGCUCCAAGUCGCAUGAGCCCGAGCCCCGGUGGCUGUCCUGGAACAGCUGAAGGAGUGUCACAGAAUCCAAUCGGGCUGAAUGGACUGGCUCCAGCUGCAUUCACUGCGCAGACUCGGAAAAGAAGUCUGCUGGCUGGCUGCACAUUGGGCAAUGUAAAGUUCAGUUCAGGGCCCGAGUAG